AAAGGAGAAUGUCAAUGUGUGCUUCAGAAGAGGGAGAAAACGUGCACUAGAAUUUUCCCUGAUGGUUUGCUCUUGCAUUGAAUAAUGACGACCGAUUUACCAGGAAACUAUGAAGAGUAUUUUGAAAGUUACGAAGAUCUAGAGAUUCAUCAGUUGAUGCUAACGGACAGAGCCCGCCAAGACGCGUACCGAAAUGCGAUUGUCGGCAACACAGAUCUAUUCAGGAAUAAAACCGUCCUCGAUGUCGGCACUGGAACUGGAAUUUUGUCCAUAUUUUGUGCCCAGGCUGGUGCAAGAAAGGUUUAUGCAGUAGAAGCAUCAAAAUUGGCAGUUCUCGCACGGCAAAUUGUUCGUGAAAACGGAUUUGAAGAAACGAUAGAUGUGUUUGAAUGCAGGAUAGAGGAUUUUGAUUUGCCAGCAGGAAUUGAUAAAGUGGAUAUUAUUGUUUCCGAAUGGAUGGGAUUUUUCCUGUUGCACGAGGGAAUGCUUGAUUCGGUGAUUUACGCGAGAGAUAAGUUCCUCAGAUCAAAUGGACUCAUGUUUCCGGAUACGGCGACUAUUUUUGUUGCACCCUGUAGUGUUCCUAGUCGAUUCGAUGAGUUUGAAAACUUAUCUGGAGUAAAUAUGCAGUGCUUUGGACGGGCACUACGGAAGCAUAAGUCUGACAAGCCAGAGGUCUUGAACGUUUCAGCCGAGCACUUACUGCACGAGGGCCACAUAAUGGCAUGGCUGGAUUUGAAAGAGGUCAGCGUAGAUGAUCUAAGUUCAUUCGAAAUGAAGGAGGUAAUGGUAAUCCAGAAAUCGGGAAAGUUCCAAGGUAUUUGCCUAUGGUUUGAUUGCACUUUUCCGAGCGGGGAUCCUGAACAACCAACAAAAGAAGUCGUGCUAUCAACGAGUCCCAACAGUACGCCAACGCAUUGGAAGCAGAGCGUGAUUUUACUACCCGAAAACGCCUGUGAAGAAGUGGAGAAAUUGGACCCAAUAGCUUUCAUUCUAAGUUUGAAUAGAAAUACCGAUCACGUGAGAAGGUAUAAUCUUCAAUUAACUUUACUGGACGCUGAAAAGGAAGAGCAUGGCUUACCUUGUGAUUGUGUUAUGACUAAGUGUAUUUUAAUGAAAGCUCACUUGCAGAAAAUGGAAGUAGACCCAUAAAUAUUAUUUGAUCAAGCCGUAUCUGUAACCUGUGUAUUAUUACUAAACCAAUAGUUGAAAUCCAAGCGUAAUAGAAGCUGAGAAAGGGGUGCGCUACUAGGUCCAGCUUUCAAACCUAUUAAAAGCUUUAACAAUGAGUCGACAUGAUUUUUGAACCUAGAGAGAAAACAUCAAAUUUAGUUUUGAACUCGCUGAAAAUAGUUAAAACACUCACGCCUGAUCAUAUCCGUUAAAUUCUCGUCUUUCAAUUUUGGUCAUCGGAUCUUUACAGCUGGUGCAGAAAGAACAAAAC